AGGACCAGGAGUUCAUGCGGUGGGACCCCUCCGUCAUCCGGUGGCCAGGGUGCACCUGGUGCUGCAGGGACUGCUACCUGACCGAGGCCACGCUGGGCGAGGGCGCCGCCGCGGGGCAGCCCGAGGCGCCCCACGCCCCGCAGAAGCGGCGGCGGCCGCCGCCGCCCGGCGCCGGGGGCGGCGCAGGAAUUCGGGCUUCCGCUGGACGUGGACGCCUGCCGGCGGCUGGGGCAGCGUGGGGUCGAAAAGGCUCCCCUGCAUUCCCUCGAUCUCGGCAUGCAGCGCGCCGCACUUCUGAAACGCAUCCGCAUUCACCUGUGACUGUGUUUCUCGUCAUGUUCGCAUGCUUUUUGCG